UGGAGUCCCCGAGGCUGGAGCGGGAAAUCCGAAGCCGAAGCCUCGCGCCCGGUGACGUUCCACGAGUGCUGGUGGCAGCGGAGGCGGGGAAGACGUGGAUCCUGGAUUUCCUUCACCGUCCUCACGUACAGGACGGCGAAAUGGGCGGUUUUGCUCCGCAAACGCGAGACCUUUCUGCUCUUUCCUCUUGGGCUAUUUUCCGGCGGAAGUUCCUCCCCAGAUGGCUCUUCCGUUCCAGAAGCGGUCCAUCGACGGCGGUGGCGAACAGACGGGGCUCGGAAUGGGUGGUACGGUGUUCUUCUCGAGGUGUCGCCGAAAGAAGAGGAAGGGGAAAGAAAGGACAGAGGAGGGGGAGGAGAAUAGAAGAGAAAAGGUGGCCUCUCCUGAUUCGAAGAUGACGGAGGGGAUCAAUGGAGGGGCUGGCGUCCGCUCGUUGGAUGCGUUCGCAGGAGCUAGGAAGCCGAAAGAGAUAUCUUUUGACAUAGGAAUGGGAGUGGGUAUGGCUUUCAUCCUGUUCAGGUGGGCGACUGAAUUGAACAAAAUGAAGGAGCAAUGAAUUCAAAUGGAAAUGCUGUUCAAAUAAAUUAAAGAUGUAAUCCCAAAGAUAGGCGAUGAUUUUGGCAUCUUAAGAUCAAUUCAUGAUAUCACAUCAUCAUCAUCAGAUUGUCGUGGGAAUGCCAGUAAAUGCAACCAGAAUCAAGGGGCAAGUUUUCAUAUGGAAGAGGCUAAGUCUACCAUUGAAUCUGAUGGGCAUUCGAAUUAUGUGAUUAGCACCGAGAAACGAAAUAUAGAUCAACUGGAAGCAAAGUUAGAGUUCGAAUUAGAGCAGCUGCAGCUUGAGUUGGACAGGGAGGAUUCAGUAAUGAUCUCAGAAUGAGGGCAAAUAGAGAUGUCAAAAGUCAAAUUUAUACGAAUAAUUGAGGAAUGGAUGAUGGGAAGGAUUUACCUGAAGACUAUUUGAGUUAUUUAUAUGAUCAAAUUGUGAAAAGUGAAAUAAAAAAUUAGUGUUGAUUCAUCAGCUCCACAGAGUAAGCAAACGAGCAGCAUCAAUAAGCUUUUGGGAUUAGAUAGGAUUUCCAACUUGGUCAAUUGGAAGCAAGCAGAAGAAAGAGCAUUAGGUGCAAAUGAUUUGCUCAUUAGGCACAACCAAGAACAGUUUAAAGCAAAAAGUGGAAAAUCAGAGUCUAUGUUCUAUGCUGCAACGGAUACGGCAAUCCUGAGAUUUAUGAUUGAGGUUUGCUGGGCCCCCGUGAUGGCUGCUUUCUGUGUGAUGCUUGACCAAAGUGAUGACAAGUCUGCCACAGCACAGUGUUUGCAGGGCUUCCGAUAUGCAGAGCAUGUCACCUCAGUGAUGCAUAUGCAGACACAGAGAGAUGCUUUUGUCACAUCCGUAGCAAAAGUCACAUACCUUCAUUGUGCUGCGGACAUGAAUGUUGAUGCUGUUAAGGUGAACCACUUGAGUUAAUGAUAUUUUCCUCCUCCAGCUACAAACUGUAUUAGUUUUAUUGAGAAAAUUUAUCUUUGGUAUUUCCUGAUAAUUGGGUGGUGGGUAACAUAUCCUAUCAUGUAUAGGACUUUCCCUAGAUUUUCUUAAUUAUUUCAAUUGAAGAUCUGUAUAACAUUAUAUAUCUAUUAAUUACUAAAUUUUGAUAUUGUAACAAAUAGAACAUUGUCAUCUAACCUUGUGAUACAGUCUCAUCAAAUACAAUGCAAACUUACUAAACAAUU